CAUUUGGGCCUUGCCAUCUUUUCCUCUGCCAGCACUCCUCUUACAUUCCAUUGCUCUGUGCCUGACUGCAGCAUUUUGCCUCAGCUAUGUCUCACACCGCUGUGCAGGGUAGUAUUGGCAGCCAUUCUGCCAUGGGGAUGCGCACCCACAAAGUAGGUCAACACUAUCCUGUAAUGAUAUAUCUGUACGAGUGUGAGAAUUUCCAAGGCCGCAUGAUGGAGUUAAGCGGGGAGUGUCGAAAUAUCUGUGAGAAGGGCCUCGACCGUGUUCGCUCCAUCAUAGUGGAGUGUGGCCCCUGGGUGGGUUAUGAGCAACACAACAUGUGUGGUGAGAUGUUCAUUUUGGAGAGGGGAGAGUACCCUCGCUGGGACACCUGGUCGAACAGCUACCGCUGUGAUCGCUUCAUGUCCGUCAGGCCAGUACGCAUGGACCCACAAGAUCAUAAGAUCUGCCUGUACGAGUGUAUGAACUUCGAAGGCCGUAAGAUGGAAGUCUGUGAUGAAGACAUCCCCAGUCUGUGGUCUUAUGGCUUCCAGGACAGAGUAGCUAGUAUUCAAGUCACUGGAGGAACGUGGGUUGGGUACCAGUACCCUGGCUAUCGUGGAUACCAAUACCUGUUCGAGUUUGGCUCUUAUAAGCACUGGAAUGAGUGGGGUGCCAACCACCCCGAAAUCCAGUCUAUCCGACGAGUGCGGGACAUGCAGACACAUCGCAGAGGCUUCUUCGAGAUGAGUGCAUAAGGGACAGGGUACAGACUGGUGAAUGGGGCAAGAUCCUGUAGGAGAUGCUCUGUGGACAAAUCAUUUCAAAUUGUCUCAUAACAUCUACAGAGCCAUGCAGAACAGAGCAUGGCUACUGUGGCAGAUAGCCCUAUUAGUUAACAAAGUGAUAUUUUAUGUUGUUGGGCUAUGGGCCACAUUGCCACUACUGGUUGCUGAUCACCUGUGGUUUCUUGGUGAAGAAGAGGGUAGGCAAAUAUUUAGUUGCAUUUUCUGUCCAACAUUUUAGCUGACAUGUGGGGCAAAUUGAACUGAUAAAUUUCAUGGUCUUUCUUAUUACAUGAAAAUGAUGACCUUCAUUAGUUUUGUUAACUUGUUUUCACUUCUGAACCCCCUGUUUUAUUAUUUUAUAUAUCUACACUCAUGUAUGUUGCAUAGUUAUGCUAAAAUUAAAGAACUGUAUCUUUAUUAGGAGCUUUCCCCAGCAAUCUACCAAUGAACCUCAACAAAAAUCCAAACCACCUGUUUGUUUAACUGCUAUAACACCAAAAAAAAGGGCUGAACUGUAAAUAAAAGUCAAAAGGAGGCCACUGGUUACUAACAAGCUCUAUCAAACCUCCCUAUGUCAGCCUCUUGUUGAGACAGGGUCCAGGUCACGGAACACCUGAUAUUGGCAGGAGCAGGACUGUGGCUUGGAGUUUUGGGAAAGCCCCCUGACAUGGCAGGCUUUGCUCGGACGAGGAUUUUCUUUUCCUCUCCUUUCUUCUGGACAGGCUUCAGGUCCCCUUUUGUCUCUGCAGAGACGUUGCGGUCCUGUUGCACUGUUUCUUUCUCAGGGA